GGACCCAGCCGACAUGGUGCUGUGUUGACAGUAACGCGGGUGCAGUUUAACUGUGAAUUAUCGCCUCAUUGCGUUAACAUUCAGCCAUAAACUCUGUCAGACACGAACCAUGGCAGACGUUAAAGUGAAGAAAGAGUCCACGGAUCCGGUCGACAUCGAAAACAGGAUAAAGGAGCUCUGUCAGCAGUUUCCGCAUGGCAUCACUGAUCAGGUCAUCCAGAAUGACAUGCCCCAUGUGGAGGCCCAGCAGCGGGCCAUGGCCAUCAACCGGCUGCUGUCUGUGGGCCAACUGGAUCUUCUCAGAAACAGCAAUGGUUUGUUGUACAGGCUAAAGGAUGCCCAAUCAGCAAGUAAAAUGAAGGGCUCUGACAACCAAGAGAAGCUAGUUUACCAAAUCAUAGAGGAUGCUGGGAAUAAAGGAAUCUGGAGCAGGGAUAUCCGGUAUAAGAGCAACCUCCCUCUGACUGAAAUCAACAAAAUCCUGAAGAACCUCGAGAGCAAAAAGCUCAUCAAAGCUGUGAAGUCUGUUGCGGCCUCUAAGAAGAAGGUGUACAUGCUGUAUAACCUGCAGCCAGACCGCUCGGUCACGGGGGGAGCGUGGUACAGCGAUCAGGACUUUGAGUCUGAGUUUGUGGAGGUUCUCAACCAGCAGUGCUUUAAAUUUCUACAAAGUAAGGCGGAGGCGGCGAGGGACAGUAAGCAGAGUCCCAUGGUCCAGAGGAACAGCUCCUUCGCCACCUCACACGAAGUGUGGAAGUACAUCUGCGAGCUUGGCAUUAGCAAGGUGGAUCUGUCCAUGGAGGACAUUGAGACCAUUCUGAACACACUGAUAUAUGAUGGGAAGGUGGAGAUGACAAUCAUCGCAGCUAAAGAGGGCACAGUGGGGUGUGUGGAUGGUCAGAUGAAGCUCUACAGGGGAGUGAACCCCAUCAUUCAGCCCACAGGCCUGGUCAAAACACCCUGUGGACUCUGUCCGGUGUUUGACGACUGCCACGAAGGCGGGGAGAUCUCUCCCUCGACCUGCGUAUACAUGGCAGAGUGGCUGGACUUCUGACCUGCAGAGAUGGACCUUUUUUCUGUUUGUUUUUUCUCUGUGGAGAAAGUGCUAUGUCCGUUUUGCAACGAUUCGAUGCAACAUAAGAUGUUUUUAUUUAUACUGAACAGCAAUGGCCGUCAUAUGGAACUGAUAUAAAAGAGCAAAGGAAGAAGGAACAGCAGCAGCGCUCUGGAGCUCAGGAUGAUUCCAACCUCUUUUCACAUGUGGAUAUAUCUUAUUUACAGUCGUAUGCAAAAGUUUGGGCACCCUAAACUUGCAAAUUUUGUUGAUUUUUGGAGUGAGAAUUAGUAAACACAUCCUCUACAGAGAACGCACUAACAGCACAUUUCAUAUUUUGUUUUCUUUUUUUUACCAUAUGUAAAGCUAAACAAAUAAAUAGAAAUUGUGCACAAAAAUUUGCAGAACAAUGUCAUAUAUAAGUUUUUUUUUCCCCGUAAAGGAUGUAGAACAUUAAUUACACUUAGAAAAUAAACAAAACAUUCACUUGCCUAAAUUCUGCAUACCACUUUUUUUUUCUACCAGAACUACGUUUAAGGAGAGGCAUGGCAAGAGCAUUACAAAUGAAAGCAGCACUGUGUAAGGUUUGCACAUUGCAUGCAAUUACACAUUUCCACCAGAGAGGUCUCCAAAUCCCCAAAUGUUACAUAGUGCUGCUUUAAAAGAUUACUUUCACAUAUUUGGUUGAUGGAUUGUGUUUAGCAAGAGCUGGCAGUGCCUCCAUUACCACCAGCCCCCCUGUACUGUGCCAUACAGCAGACAUAAUGCUACAUCCCACCUGUCAGGUUUGUAAGGAUUGUUUAAUUCUCUGUGCAAACGCUUUGGGUGCCUUUUUAGAGAACAGUGAUCUACAAGUUGUUACUUGAAAAAUUUUCUGUGUUUUGUUUUGGGGAAAAAAAACUGAUAUCAUUUAAACAGUAAAAUAGAGUUUUGGAAUUCCUGGUGGUCUGAAUAAAGAAUGGAACUGAAACAGUG